AUGGAUACCGCUAUAUGGGACACGAAUUUACUCGUGCAUAUUGUCAAAAAAGUACGCUGCACCACAGUAUUCGUAUUAGUGCAACAAUUUGUUGAAUUAACAGCGAUAGUUGUGAUUAGUAUAUUGCGACAUUUCGAAGAAUGGAACUCGAAAACUUCAUUUGGAAAGGUGAAGUACAAUUAUAUAGAUGUCACAUUAGUGAAAGACGACUCGAUGUAUUAUACGGUACAACUGACUAAUUACGGACAAUCAAUAAAUGAUAUUUUAUCAUUUUCACGUGAAAUAUUUUGGAACUUCGUUACUGCAGACAAUGUUUUUAAAAAUUCACUAAUUGCUACAGUGUGCAGUCGGAAUGAACGUAGCAAUUGUCAGGAAACACUGGAUUUACAUUUCAUACGUAAUCGUCUAUCGUUGAUGCGAAAUAAAAAUGACACGAAUCUUAUCAAUUUCUUUUAUCAAAAAACGUAUUUAUCGUUUUUGUUAAAGAAUAGACUAAUUCUCUCCGACAAAGAAAAAUUCUUGAAUAUCAUAUUGAACGAAAUAGUUUUAUUGCAGCGGAUCAAUUUUUACAUAAAGUUUACGGUGCAUAUUAACCAAAACAUGUUGUACAAUAAUUAUAUUGCACUUGAUUACGAUUAUAAAUUAUGUCAAGUACUUGCUGUUGCACUAACAAAUGUAGUGAAACAGAGCUUAAGCGUUAAGUUUAAGGAAAAUUGUUUCUCCAUGUUAAACGUGGAAAAUUCGCACGAGGUUGAAACAGCGCUUAUGAUUAAAUUAAUACCACUAAUUCAUGAAAAUUAUACAUUUCCUAGCUUUACUACGUGAAUUAGCAAAAACACUAAAUUUCACUUUGCCGGGAUUGAAAUAUUCCCGCCAUAAGUUAGCGCAGCCGGUAGAGUCCUGCGCAAGUGUAGUUGCGCAUAAUAAGCCUAGUAUUCAUUCUUCUGCCCAGUCAAGACGCGAGGAUCAGGUUAGGCAGGUCGGAUUGACAGGAAAGUCGUGGAAACCGUACGUAUUUCGCGGUGGCUCGUAA